AUGGCAGAAGAUUUACAAGCCAAAAUUAUACAAACAAGAAAAGAGAUCGAUCAAAUUAAAGAAGAAACCCGUGCAAAUAGGGAGGCUAAAGAAGAUACAACAAUGAAAAAAUUUACAUCAGAAAUUCCAGGUAUUUCAAGGAGUGACCACGUUAGAUUUAAACGUGGAUUAAGAGGUCAUAUUUCUAAAAUUUAUGCUAUGCAUUGGGCAAGUGAUUCUACUCAUCUUGUUUCUGCUUCCCAAGAUGGAUUGAUGCUUACGUGGGAUGGUCAAACAACAAAUAAAAUUCAUUGUAUUCGUAUUAGAAGUUCAUGGGUUAUGACAUGUGCUUAUGCCCCUUCUAUGAAAUUUGUUGCUUGUGGUGGUCUUGAUAAUAUUGUAUCCAUUUAUUCUAUUGCACCUAAAUCAUCUUCAAGUGAACCACUAAAUAAUACUACAGCAGAAUUAGCAGGACAUGUUGGAUACAUUUCUUGUAUGAGAUAUGUUGAUGAAAAUCGUAUUUUAACUUCAUCAGGAGAUUCUACUUGUUGCUUAUGGGACGUUGAACAAUCUGCUAAAAUUAUGGACUUUAAAGACCAUCAAGCUGAUGUCAUGUGUGUUUCUGUAUCUCCAGAUCAGAAUACAUUUGUUUCAGGUGCGUGUGAUAGUAUGGCAAAAUUAUGGGAUAUUCGUAUGGAAAAUUGUGUUGCAACAUUUACUGGACAUGAUGCAGAUAUCAAUGCCAUUGCAUUCCAUCCAUCAGGAAAUGCUUUUAUCACAGGAAGUGAUGAUUUUUCUUGUAAAUUAUUUGAUAUUCGAGCUGACAGAGAGUUAAUGAAUUAUUCAUCAGAGUCAAUGCAACAUGGUGUGACAAGUGUAGCUAUUAGUAGUACAGGAAGAUAUUUAUUCUGUGGUUAUGAUGAUUUGGGAUGUUUAUGGUGGGAUGUUCUUAAAGGAGAUUAUAUUACCAAAUUAACUGGUCACGAAAAUAGAGUUAGUUGUCUUGGUGUUUCACCAGACGGUUAUGCAUUGUGUACUGGUUCAUGGGAUUCUACAUUGAGAAUUUGGGCAAAUUAA